GGAAGAACACGAUUGUUCCAUUGAAGUUUGAAAUUUCAAGUUUGCAUAGUCUCAUUCGCAGAAGUAUACGAAGGAAUUGUUCGACGAUGAAUAUUGGACUUUUUAUAGAGAUGCAACACAUCUCACGCGACAGUUGGUCGACGAAUUUGACGCACGAAGGAUUAACGACGAAGAAUUCACUGAAUCGCAAAAUUCUGUAGUCGUCGGGAACUUUCACAGAGUGAAGAGUACGAACUUGACACCUAGAAGGCCGACCUUCGAGCGAACGUCGUAAUAACUCGCAUCGCGUUCUGUGACUGCAGGUGUACAGGGUGUUCGGCUACAGGUAGACUGUCUUUUAAGUAGUAAUUCUAGAAACCGAGACGAUGCGAAAGUGAAAAUGCCGAAAUUCCGUUUAAGGCGUUGCUUCGGAAUCAUUCAUUAAUAAAUCCAUGUAUUUUCAAUAAUUAAUAACUCUCGCGCCAAGCCUCGAACGAAAUUUCAACAUUCUCGAUUUUCACCUCGACCUGUACAGUCGAAAAACACCGGUUCAGAAUUUUUGUUCGACAACUGAAAUGAUUUAUUACCAGUGCAAAGUUUCGUGCAGUGCAUCGAGCUCUGAGACAGAAAAACAGUGCUUCGACUUUUGUUUGCGCGGACAUUUUUCGGUUGAGAAAAACGAUCGCCGUAUGCGAAAGGACGCGACACCGUUAUUUUGUCGAAGCAAUUUCCUCGAGAAAGAGACGCGCGAGAGCGCACGAUGAAACGCAAAGAGGCAACGACGAAACGAAAGAAGCAAAUCAAAAAUGGGUCCAUUCAAUCGAAGGAGCUGGAAGCCCGCGGAGUCUCCAUGGAUAUGAAAACGUCCUGGGCAGCUCAAGAGCUGACGUCCAAAUACUCCAAUCUGAAUGACAUGGCUCGAUUCCAGCAAAAGCAGCUGCAGGAGAAGGAACAGAAGUUGCUGCAGCUCUACGACCAGCAACAACAGAGGGCUUAUCAGGUGAUGCAACGAGGUAGCGCUGGUUCCAACAGCUCGAAUCAUACUACAUCCGUCAGCCAGCACACCGUCACAAAGACCUCGAACAGCAGCCAUACAACCUCGACCUCGCAAGGUGGUAAGGUGAGGCAGAUGUUCGACGAGAGACGCCACACGACCGUGAAGGGCAUCGACAGGAGCUACCCGCUGGAGCCACUGGAGAACAAACCGCGGAAACAAACGAACGGAAACGCGGCGCAGAAGAACGGAAAUUCGACGGUGAACCGACACUCCGUGACUGUGAAGCGAGUGGCGCGGGCUGACGUGAACAGCAAUUUGAAUGGCGGCAAACCGGUCGUCUCGUAUCACGAGGAAGUCACUCGAGAAUCGUUCGAACCAUCUGUACAGGGCCACACGGACGACGAUGAAUUCGGAAACGAGAACCAUGUCGCUCGGUAUGCCAAUGGCAACCAUCGAGAUGAUACGCGGAUCGAGGAGGUUCUCGACGACGAUACGAUACAGAGGAAUCGCAUGAUGGCGAAGUUACACUUGAUGCAGUACGACGAGACGCUGAAGCACCGCGUUAAAAACGACCUCGAAAGCGAAGAAUUCCCGGAAGACUUCAUGGUGGAUGUACCCGACAAGCUACCGAAACAAAGUGUUACCAAGAAGCUGUCCCAGGCGGAGGCUAGAUUGGAGCGCUUCAGGAACGCCAACGCGAAACGAAGCAACAGCAUUACGAAAAAUACGAGCACGAUCGGCGUUCCCAGGAAACGGUUCGACCCGAUAUUUCCGGCAAAGUCUACUUCCAGCGGGAUUAAGGACGCGAAGAGCGGGACGAAGAGUCCACGAAGCAGCGGAACGAGGAAUGCGACGUCUCACAGCGCGGAGGAAACUCUCUCGUCGUCGGAGUCUGAAAGAACCGUGAAACGAAAAAGCGACACGCGGUUCUUUUGCAAGGAUUCCAAGAGAUCUGCUACCACUUACGAUUCAGAAACUAGCGAACGAUUGUCGCCUGAUUUUUUAAAGGAUAGAAAACCUCGAAGCGAAAGUCCGAAGUACUUUUGCGAGGAGUCCGAGAAGUCAGCUACCGCGUGUGUAACGGAUUCAAAAGCUGAAGUAUCGAAAGGUAAACAUCGUCGAAGCGAGGAACCCGAGUUCUUCUGCAAGGAAUCUAAAACUUCAGCUACUACCUAUGCGAUUAAUUCGAAAGCUUUCGGAAAACUUCCUCCGAAGUUUUCGAACGACGCAGAACGUGCCGUGGAACCAAGAAAAAGUAAAGAUUGGUCCAUCGAAUCCAAAGGAAGAUCUACUAAAUCACCGAUUGUGGGUGUAGAUACUGUAGACAGGGAGUUUAUAUCCCUUAGUCGAUCUCCAUCUCCAGGUAGUCAAAACGUUAACCUACUUGGAAAAAUCGAGACCAGAGAUGGUACGAAACAGGUCUCAAACGAAUCGUUGAACGUUUUCGAGCGAUUAACGAGCCAUAACACGAGUCCCAGGUAUCCUUAUCGAGAACCUGGAAGUUCAACGAUGAGAAACAACGCGAGAGGCUCCAAACUGAUGUCUAAAUCCCCAGAAUUUCCCGAGAAGCUCGCGAAAAAGCGCGGCGAUGGUUCAAAAGUGUUUCGCAAACACGACCAUUCGAAUAUUCGUUCGAGUCCUUCGUCGCGAUCGCCAGAUUCCGGGAAGACGAUCUCCAGAAAGUCCAGCGCAAGCCCUCGCUUCUUUUCCACGGAUGCAGACAGGUCAGCCACCAUUAUGCUGGUAACCCCAGAAACGAUAACAAAGGUGAGAACAAGAUCAACGUCUCCGAGGAAAGAAAAAAGUUCGAGAUUUUCUAUCGACAGGUUCAGCUUAGCACCUGCGAACAAAGUUGCUGGGCCAAGUAGAAGAACCUCCAAGGAAGACCUCGACGAAGGUACCAGGUACAACAUACGAAGCUCGGUAUCGAAAUUUUUCUCUGAACAAUGCGAAAAGGCUUCCAGAAAUGUGGACGUCGAUGCACGAUUCAACGGAAGAUUUGACAGAAGCUCUGAUUUGUCGCGCAGCUCCUCUCCAGUGUCGCUGAAGGCCAUGAAAACUCAAAGACAGACAAAACCAACAGACAGAGGUCUACCAUCGAGGAAGAUCGACACUAGGAAGUCUUCGUCGAGGAUAAAGGAUAGUAGAAGCGGGACACCUGAAUUUUUUUCAUACGAAACAGAUAAGCCUGCCACCACGGUGAGUCUCAAGCAGAAAGUUACGAAAGACUGGACGAACAAACGUUCCGAGAGUCCCCGAUUAGAGAAAAGUGGCUCUAGAAGCGUCCAUAGUGGAAAUAGAUCAUCGAAGAGCCCUCACAGCUUUACUGUGCUCAGAGAUGUUAAAGCGACUGGACCUCGAAGGGGCCAGACUGGUUCUAGAGGUGAGAGUAGGUCAUCCGAAACAGCUGACACCUUCAUUCUUCCUGGAAACACUAAAAUGACUAGCGUCGACAGGAGUAGCAGGAGCUCGCGGAAGACACCGGCAGUUGUGGAUGCUAGAAGCAGGACUCCGGAGUUCUUUUGUUAUGAAACAGAAAAGUCUGCUACUACCGUGAGUCUCAAACCACAGUCCAAGACAGAUUCGACGAAGGAGCGCUCUGAAAGUCCUGGAUCAAGGCCAAGCAGUUCUACAGGUGCCCAUAGUGGAGAUAGAUCAUCAAAGAGCCCUGACAGCUUCACUGUGCUCAGAGAUGUUAAAGCGACUGGACCUCAAAGGGGCCAGACUGGUUCUAGAGGUGAGAGUAGGUCAUCCGAAACAGCUGACACCUUCAUUCUUCCUGGAAACACUAAAAUGACUAGCGUCGACAGGAGUAGCAGGAGCUCACGGAAGACACCGGCAGUUGUGGAUGCUAGAAGCAGGACUCCGGAGUUCUUUUGUUAUGAAACAGAAAAGUCUGCUACUACCGUGAGUCUCAAACCACAGUCCAAGACAGAUUCGACGAAGGAACGCUCUGAAAGUCCUGGAUCAAGGCCAAGCAGUUCUACAGGUGCCCAUAGUGGAGAUAGAUCAUCGAAGAGCCCCGACAGCAUCACGCUACCUAAGGAUGUUGAAGUGAUCAGCGGUCAUAGUAGAAGCACCAGUCGUGAUUCUUCGCCGAGGCUCCAGAAGGUUCUAUAUAACAGAAUAGGGACUCCAGAAUUCUUUUGCUACGAGACAGACAAACUUGCCACAACAGUGAGUUUGAAAUCUAUACCCGCGAUAGACUCAAUUAACCAACGUACUAAAAGUCCUCGAUCAAGAUCAGGCGGCUCAACAGGUGUCCAUGAUGGAGACAGACCAUCAAAGAGCUUUGGCAACGUCAAAGAUAUUAAAUCAACCUCUGGAUAUAAUAAAAGCCACUCCCGCGAUUCGUCGCCAAAACUACAGAAGAUCGCUGACAUCGGACGCGGUACUCCAGAGUUCUACUGCUACGAAACGGAAAAAUCUGCCACGACGGUCAGUCUUAAACCGAAACCCACGAGAAACACGAGAAACGAGCAUUCGAAACGUCCUGGAUCGGGUGGCUGCACAGGUUCUCGAUCUGAAAGACCAUCAAAAAGUCCUGACGUCUUCGCUCUAUCUAAGGACGCCAAAGCGACCGCUCGAAGGGGCUCUGGCAACGUCCUGCGAUCAACGAAGCUCAUUCGCGAGAUCAUAGAACACCAGAAAGAUAGAAAUCAGCCCGAUCGUACUUUACAGAACAGCUCGAAAGAGUCACGAAGGCCUUCGAUAGCACCCGAUGAUACCACAGGAAUAUCACGCGUCGAUAUUGCUGGCGAGAACGAGGCAGACACGGUCAGGGUGAACAGAAAUGUCGACAAAAGGUCACCGACGCCUCCCACGCGAACGUACGGCCUUCUCACUCCAGAAACGAGUCCCAAAAGUUCUAUUUCCGUGGAGGUGGACGCCGAGAUUCAAGAAAUCACCAUGCCCGAUCGAUACUUGGAACGAGGGAAACUUCGCCGCGAGCUUCGAAGCACGUACUCGAGGUCUUCCAAGGAGACCUCGCAAGCUUCGAUCGAGUCGAAAGCCGAGAACGCGUCCACGUACUCCGUUCGUAAACCUGGCAAAAAGAGAGGAUCCCUCUUCGAAUCAGACAUCUUCGAGCCGACGAAAAAGCGUCAGCAGGCUCCAGAUCAUCGGAGAGUCACGGAGUCGAAGAGAAGCGCAGACUUCGCGAGCGAAGCGAUAGGUUCGAAGGCUCGAGAUGGAAAAACCGGGAACUCCGAGCGUUCUUGCGGCGGCAGCCCUUCUCCCACGAGUGAAUCGCUUUUUCGCGCCGCGAAACGUCGAAUCGGAGCUGCGGUGAACGAGGAAAAUCGUGCGAAAAGUUUGCGAUCCAAGAAUACGGAGAAGUCGCCAAGAAAGCAGCCUCUAGCCUUGGGGUCUGUGGAACUGGUGCGAAAGAUCAUAAAAGGGACGCGAUCUGUGGCGACUAACGAGGUCGAGCGUAAACAGGAAGCUACGAAGAAAUUGGAGGGCGAGAUUCAAAUGCAGGAUACCGAUUCUGUUGUGUCGAGGACAGUAGAGUUUAUGAAAUACGAGGAAGGGUCGUCGAGAACGAGUUACGAAAGGACGGACUCGGUGGAAUCUGCCCUGAGACGUUUCGAUUCCAUCGACGCAGCGGCGUCUGUCCAAAGCACGCUGGAGAAAAACGAAGAAACAGGAGAAAGACGAAACAGAUCGUUGAAGACUCCUGACAUCUACGCUGCGUCGAAGGAUGUGAAAAUAUCUGAUAGUGCUAGUAGAAAGAGCAGUCGCGAAUCAUCGCUAAUCCUGGAGAAUAAACACAAAACUCUAGAAUUUGUUUGUUACGAAACGGACAAACUUGCCACGACCGUGAGUCUCAAACCUAGGGAUACAAUCGAUUCGUUUAAUCAACGUUCUGAGAGCCCUCGAUCGAGACCAGGCAGCUCUACAGGUAUUCGUGGUGCUGGUAUGCUCCCCAAAGAUGUCGAACUAAUUAAUAAUUUGAAUAAAAGAAGCAGUCGUGAAUCACCAUCGGGGCUCCAUAAAAUUCAGGAUAGUAAGUCUAAUAGUCCAGAAUUUGUUCGCUAUGAGACAGACAAACUUGCCACAACAAUCUCAAACGUGAAUCUCAAACGUAAGCCUACAAUAGGUGCGAUCGACCAACGUUCUGAAAGGCCUCGAUCAAGACCAGGUAGCUCCACAGGUGUCCAUGACGGAGGUAGAUCAUCAAAGAGUCCUCACAUCCUAACUCUGCUCGAUGAUAGAUCGUUUGGAAUCGAUAAUUCAGCAAGUAGCUCGAGGACAAUUUCUCUGAAAGCACUCAACCGAGCGAGCUCUCCAAGAAACCCGGAGAACAAACCAUCCAGAACUUCUGCGAAGGGUAUUUUCAACAGCGAAACUCCUGGCAAAAUGAGAGUACUUGGAACGCGGGAAACUCGACGUCAGAAAAAGCUGGCCACGGCCAAGGACUCAUUUGAGAUCGAUCGAGUUCUGUCAAGGUCCAAGUCGCCAGCGUGCAGGCGGCAACUCUUCCCCGAUGGCGACUCGACGGAGGAAACGGAAACUGGUAGCUCAUUUUCGAAGACGAAGUCGAGUAAACGCGACGCGACCUAUUCGAUUGGACCGAAUAUAAAAUCAAAAUGCGUGAAACCUGUUAGGGGCGAUGAAACGUCGAUGAAAGAGGCAGACUCAGAUCGUCCUGUGUCUAUUAAACAGCUGAGAUCGAUCGAGGAUAUUCGAAGAUCCAUAGAAAACGAGAGUCCCAGGUGUGGAGAGACGAGAACGUCUAGGUCAGCCAUUGCAAGUAAUGUUUCGAAAUGUUCGAGUAACGUGCAACCGCGGCGAAGACAAUCGUGUCCAUUAAAUGGAGACGCUCGUGUCGGGAGUAAAAAAGAUACGUCUUCGUCGAAAUGGUCAGAGAAUCUUAGCGCGAGAGACGACAGAUUAGGUGAAUCAGGGCGCUCUGUAAACUGUGCGACGCGUUUCUCCAGGGUAGCAAAAAGUCCGAGUCCAGAUUCCAAGGCGACGGAAACCAACCGUACACGAAGAAGCGUGCCUCCUACGCCGUCGAAGAGCCCGGACACGGUGACGAGGCGUCACUCCACCGACUUGAAAGCUCAAGAUACAAAAUCGACGAAACGACCAGCGCCCAUGAAAGGCACGGAGCCAAUUGGAAACAGGAAGACGACGACGACGACGACGACUACCACGAGAAAAUCGACGGAUGUCGUCGAUGGCGCUAUUCUCGAGAAUGGUUCGCAUUUACGAGACCAAACUGCCGAAACGAAAUACGAUAACGACUCGUCGACGACGAAGAAGAACGAUGCUUUUGUCAUCGCCUUCGACGAACAACCGCCGAAGGAAAACGAUGUUUCACUUCCGAGGAAACCGCGGUUACGAAAACAAUCCACGGAAAAGCAUACACCUACCUCGCAGUCUGGCCGACCUCCGUCAGUUUCGUCCACCUCAAGCGGUAGCACUAUGCAGAGUCACGUUUCCACUCCGAAAAGUAGGAUGUCGUCGAAAGUCCACGCGCCUUCUUCCGCUACGUCGACAUCCAGAGGAUCGGCGUCCAAUAAAACUGGGGGAAGCGUGUGCUCUGCCGAUCUUCUGACGCCCUGCAAAAUAUGUGGACGCCGUUUCGCUCAAGACCGUAUAACCCUUCACGAGCAAAUCUGCGCGAAAACGGGCCAAAAGAAACGGAAGCAGUUCGAUACGGUGAUGUUUCGCGUUAAAGGUACCGAGCUAGAGAAAUUUGUCAGAAAAGGACACUGUAAAAAGCAGCCCGAGAAACCACCGGAGGUGAAGUCGAACUGGAGGCGCAAGCACGAGGAUUUCAUUAACGCUAUACGCUCGGCGAAGCAGGUGCAGGCGCACCUGGCUGCGGGAGGCAAGCUCAGCGAUCUGCCUCCACCGCCUCCCAGCGAUACCAGCGAUUACAUUCAAUGUCCCCAUUGUGGCAGAAAAUUCAACAAGUCCGCCGCAGACCGUCACAUUCCCAAAUGCGAAAACAUGUUGCACAAUAAACCAGUGCAUUCGCGAGCGCCGAAACUCAAACGUUAAUUAUCAGGCGACAAAACCUCGUUGCGUACGUACAUCGAUCGAGAACAGGAUAGAUCGAACCGUCUUCGUUUGAAAACACACGGGUUUACAAAUGAAACAAAUAAAAACAGAAAUCUUGUUAACACGUUGACUGCUAGACUAAUAAAAAUCAAAAUUUCUACCGGGCUAAAAUUUUGUUUCUAUACUUUUGGAAACUAAAUACGUAAUCUAACAUUUAUCUCGAAUUUUUUUAAUUUUAUCUGGCAAGUCUUGUCACCUAUACAGGGUGUCCCAAAAGUCGGGGAGGAGCCGGAAAUGGGGGGUAGCUGAGACGAUUCUGAACAACAAUUUCCUUUGCAAAAAUGUCGGAUGGGGCUUCGUUGAGGAGAUAUUAAGAGAAAACCCCGACCAAUCAGAGCGCGCGUAUACGCGGGAGCGGCCGCGGUAGCGAUGGCUACGCGCUAGGUAGCCGCUCUCGUACGCGACAAAUGACUCGACGUGCAUCGAAGGAUAUUGACGCGGCCGCUCAGCGCGUAGCCUUCGCUACCGCGGCCGCUCCAUCGGCAUACUCGCGCUCGGAUUGGUCGGCCGCCUAGCACGUAGCUUACUCUACCGCUACCGUUCCAUCGGCAUACUCGCGCUCGGAUUGGUCGGCCGCCUAGCGCGUAGUCUACGCUACCGCUACCGCUCCACCGGUAUACUCGCGCUCGGAUUGGUCGGCCGCCUGGCGCGUAGCCUUCGCUCCAACGGUCUACGCGCGCUCUGAUUGGUCGAUGUUUUCUCUUAAUAUCUCCUUAACGAAGCCCCAUCCGACAUUUUUGCAAAGGAAAUUUUUGUUCGGAAUCGUCUCAGCUACCCCCCAUUUCCGGCUCCUCCCCGACUUUUGGGACACCCUGUAUACAGGUAAAAAAGUCGUCAACGUGUUAAUCGUGAUUCCCACAAUUUUUGGUUUCGUCGUUCAUACAAUAUAUCCUGCCUGCAAUCGCGUAGCCAUUUUAUACGAAUGUAAUUUCUACGUUGCAGACAUCUUAUACGAUUUUUUACAGGAUUUUCUAUACUUGACCUACUAUUUACAUGACCGAGCGUACUUCAUGGAUCCCCGAUACUCGUAGAACCUAUAAUAAAAGUGAUGCGCGAUCAUUUAUGGCCGUAGCUUCGUUCGAACUAUACGAGCCCGCGUGUGUGAGCAUGGAGUACAUUCUGAGGUCACCUUGCAAUAAAAUACCACUUUUGUCUACACGUUGUACAUACUGUACGUAGGGAAAGAAAUUUUAAUAAAAUUGAUACAUCACUUGUCCUAAUAGUGCUUGCACGAACGAAGGAACCAAGGAUAAAAGUUAUCGGAAUAAAUUAAACACUUGGGACAUGAU